AUGAAUAUCUUGUGUAAGCUUGCAGAAUACAACGAAGCCAGACACAGAGAUGUUUCUUUGGUGAUUGAGGGCUUGAAGGAGUGCUCAAAGGAAUAUAAAGCAGAAGCUAAGUAUCUACAGCGCCUUCUCUCAGAAGAGCUGGGUCUUCCCACACACAAGCUGUCCAGGAAAGCCACCAUGUACCUGGAUGUCCUGGUAAACAGCGCAAUGACACUUGAAACGAAGGACACUUCUCUUGCCAGCUUCAUCUAUGCCAUCAAUGAAAGGACAUCUGAACUCUACACAAUAGAAUCAGAAAACAGAGAAAUGGAACUGGAAUUGAAAAGUCUCAUGGAAAAAAUAGGUACAGCACUGAAUCUGCAGACUCAGUUAGAGAAGGAUCUUAAAAGUACACAGGAACUUGCUGAAGUAAAAAAUGCCAAAGGUGAUCGCAGAUCCCAGGACUUGCAGUUCCUGGAACUUAAAGGCGAAGAGCUAAGGAAAAGGGUCGAAGCUGCUGAGAUGGAGCUUGCUGCCACAGGGUUUGAUAUGUCACUGUCACACAAGUCACUGGUGAGCCUGGCUGAGAAACUGGAUAGACUGCAGAAAGAAGUUGUGCCACUGAAGAAAAAAGUGGAAAGCUACCAAGAUUUACCUGCUAAUAUUCCACUUGCAAAAGUGAAGGUUGAAGAAUUAAAACAAGAACUGAAUCACUUGGAGGAAAAGUUCUCCAAGCAGCUUGAAGAGUUGGCCGGUGAUGUACAAAUGCCCAAAAAAUCCUGUUGAAGUGGCCUGCAUGGAAGAAGAUUUCCCUUCUAUUUCCUAUUUGCACUAGUAAAAGAUUUUUUAAUUCUUGGUGUACUUCUGCAGCUUUCUGUCUUUUCUUGCUGUUUGAUGGCACACUUGCAACCUUCCAGUAAGCAUGCUCGUUUUUAGGAAUUCAUGUACCUUUGUACAGAAUAACGAUACCUAUUUCUCAUAAAACAAUAAACAAUACCUAUUGCAAACAAUAUACAUUUCUCAUAAAAUAACCCCCUGAACUUAACUUACCUUUUAUAUGUGAUGCAUACCUGUAACUGGCCUCCAGAUGGCAGCUUCACCAGAUGUGUCAGGGUUUGACUGACAUUUGCCACUUAACAACUGAACUAAUAAGGGAGUCGAUUUGUCUUUUUCCGUAUCCAGGCCCAAGGAUUGGGCUUUUUCCUGGAGUGCUGUCUUUGGUGGCGCAAGUAUGAUGAUGACAGACUCAUGCUGCAUCAAGCAGAUCAUCGGCUUUUGCUCCUUUGUUUUUAUUUUUUCUUGUCACUGCACUGUUGGGGACACAAUGUUUUUUUCCACUUACAGAAUGUCCGAUGUUUACCAAGGUUGUGAAUUUGAUUCUAGACUAGAGCACUUCUGAGUCUGAACAUUUUCUUUAAACAGAAGUAAACAGUUAAAUUUCUC